AUGUUCGUGGAGUUCGCGAUGCCGCGCCUCCCAUCGCUCCUCGAGACCGCCAGCGGGCCCUGCAUGACAAACUUGGCCCUGAUCGAGUUCGUGAACGAUUCGCAGUGGGCCAUGGCAACGCAGUGCGAGGCCACUAGUGGGCCCUCGUUGACGCGCGCCGAGACCCUUACGCACGAGUGGGGCGUCACGGAGGAGUGCGGCUACCAGCGCCUGACGGGGCUCAGCCUGCGCCUGAGGAAGGGGGGCUUCGCUUGGUUCGAGCUCGGAGAGGACGCGUGGAUGCCUUGGGGCCAGGUUGACUUCGAGCGCAGCGCGAACCUCCCCCUGGGCAACACGAAGUCCCCCAAGGUCGUCAAGGAGAACCUCCGGAUCCAGCGCUUGGCCACCAUCGGCACGAUCGUGUGGCUGCGCGGCGGUCACCAAGCAUGGGCCUAUAGGCCAGUCAGCUACGCCCAGAAGAACCACUACUACGUUGCCUUGAGCAAGCUGGCGCUCAAACAUGAGAUCUCUGUGUCGAUCCCCGUCACGAAGAACGGCCAGCUGAGGAUGGACAUAUUCAGCAGCACGAUCCACAUCAAGAGCCUGUCGGGUGACACCCCCUCAUCGACGAUCUACUCCGUGUACAAGUCCACGGACAACUUCGUGGCCGACGUGGCGAACGCGGUGAAGUUAGCCUUCGAGGAC